GGGUAUAGGCGCGUGACGCGCGCCGAGUUUAUGCUCCAGCAUCUCCUCGAUGGACAGCUCUCUACUUCUGCAAGAUUAGAGCAAAUGGAAUUCAAGGGAGCUACGCAAUCUUUCUAUCGAGGCAUUCACGGGGCUGGAGGAGUCUCGGCUUUGGCAGAAUUUCGCUCGCAACAGGACGAGGGGGAGAUCCAAAAGCCUGAGAGAUAUGGUCCAGACCCGGUGUUCUUGCAAAGCCAAGAGAUGGAACGAAUGAAGCAAGCUCUUGCUCGAGGGAGCUCCAUAGCUGUGAAGCAAGAAAUGGGACGCCAUGAGAAGGAGCUGGAAAUUUCUUUGAUCGAAGGAAAGGAGAGAUUGCAAGCUAUAGCACAUCUUACUGUGGAAGGAACGAGCACGAAUGCAACCUGGGAAAGAGAUUUCGAGAUCGUCAUCGAAAGUGUUUUCAUCCUCAGCUCCACCACUGCUGGAUCUGGAUGAAACCACUCUGAACGCUAUGAAAACUGGGAACGAGGAAAACAAUCCUCUGAAGAGACUAUCAUCUCGAACCGGCUUCCUCUCAAGGAGUUGCAGGAAUGGUCGGAUGGAAAGUUUCGAAACCACCAGCAGAAACGUUCUCUGAUCUGUGCCCGAAAGUCACAGAGGAGGAUCUAGCCGCAUUGUUUCUUCGAUAUAAGAAACAACGAUCAAAUUCUUUUCCGACUAAUGCAAAAAGGACGAAAAGGAUCGAGCCUUUUUUGCAUUCCCAGGUUCGCAUCUUGUUUGUCAUG